UCAAACAACUAAUAAAUUAUUUGAGAAAAUAAUCAACAGAUUAAUCAAUGAUAAAAAUAACCUUGGUUGAAGCCCUAUACAUCACUGCCUUAAGAUGAAUAAUAAUCAUUCAUCACAGAUUUUCUUGGCUUUAUGUGGCUGCAGUCAGUAAGAAACCUCCAUCAUACUGGAACAAACAAACCAAUAUCAAACUGUUUUUGGACAAGAGGAUCAUUCUUGACCUGAUAUUCAGUACAGCAUCAGAAAACCUACAUAAUGGGCCAGUGUGAAACUGAAGGCCUGACAGGAAAAUAAUAAUCACCAUGACCACUUUGCAUGAAGCCAACAUAACUGAAGUUCUGGAGAAGUUUGAAAUAUCAUCUACAGCUGCAUAAUCAGCCAUUGUGACACUGAAGAGCCUGAUAGGAAAAUAAUAAACACCAUGACCACUUUGCAUGAAGACAAUGAAAGGUAAGAGUUUAAUAUAGUGCAUACAGCUGCAUAAUCAGCCAGUGAGAAACUGAAGAGCCUGAUAGGAAAAUAAUAAACAUUAAUAACCACUUUGCAUGAAGCGUAUAAAGGUGAGGUACUGUAAAAGGUUAGUGUAUAAUCUACAACUGCAUAUCAAUGGUCACAGACUAAAAGAGAGAAGCAGAAAGAAACAGAUGGAGAAAGUUCUUCUCAGCAUCACAGCUGCAUCAGUGCUGUGUGCCGUCUCAUCAUACGCUCAACGUCAGUACCACUUUGUUUAUGAGCCAAAGACCAUGACUGAAGCGCAGAGUUACUGCAGAGACAAUUACACUGACCUGGCCACGAUAGACAACAUGGAGGAUGUGACGAUCCUGAACAACACGGCAGAUUUAAGCAAAAUGGUCUACCCGGAAUACAGCUAUCGAGCCUGGAUAGGACUGUACGAUGACGUGAACAGCUGGAGGUGGUCGCUGUCAGACAGACAUUUCUACAAACCCGGGGAGGCUGAGUUCAGAAAAUGGUACCCUGGGCAACCAUCCAACUAUCGCAGUGCAGAACACUGCACACAGAUGUAUGAUGGUGGACAAUGGAACGAUGACGAUUGUACCAAUUCCUUUUGUGCAGUCUGCUCUGAUGUCAGAGGGUCGAAUGUGACAUUUGUCCUCAUCAACACUACCAUGACAUGGACUGAGGCCCAGAACCACUGCAGAGAGCACUACACAGACCUGGCCAGUGUGAGAAAUGAAGAAGAGAACCAGAAGGUGAAGGAUCUGAUACCUGCAGGACAAAGAGUCUGGAUCGGCCUCUUCAGAGACUCCUGGAAGUGGUCUGAUGGAAGCAACUCCUCCUUUAGGUACUGGUCUCCAUCGGAACCUAAUGACGGCAAUAAGAAUUGUGUGGCAGCAAACUUUGGCCGUUCUGGACAAUGGGAGGACUGGACCUGUGAUGUGAAGAAAGCAUUUGUUUGCUACAAAGCAGGAGAAGAUGUCGAGGCAGGACACCCACAGGACAACGCCACCAUCCCUGCAACAUCCCUGCAGCCAUGGACCACAACUCAGACUCCAGAUUUUCCUUCAAGACAAGAAAGCACAAAAACUCCGGAGAAGAAGCCAAUGCCUGUUUCAAAGUACGUGGUGCGAGUGAGUCUGAAGAAGAACUCCGCUCUGGAUCUGAAUGACCCUGUUGUGAUGGAGAACAUCUUGAAGCAGCUCAAACAGAGGCUAAAGCAGAAGGGGGUGAAUGGAGACGUCAAACUGAGCUGGAGGAAGCAGUCCGAUGGAAAAGUCUUCCACAAGGUCGAGAAGAAGACAAAGAAAGAUGAUUGCAUGAAGCUAAUAAAGGUGAGGUACUGUAAAAGGUUAAUGUAUAAUCUACAACUGCAUAUCAACGGUCACAGACUAAAAGAGAGAAGCAGAAAGAAACAGACGAUGAUGGAGAAAGUUCUUCUCAGCAUCACAGCUGCAUCAGUGCUGUGUGCCGUCUCAUCAUACGCUCAACGUCAGUACCACUUUGUUUAUGAGCCAAAGACCAUGACUGAAGCGCAGAGUUACUGCAGAGACAAUUACACUGACCUGGCCACGAUAGACAACAUGAAGGAUGUGACGAUCCUGAACAACAUGGCAGAUUUAAGCAAAAUGGUCUACCGGGAAUACACUGAACAAAGACAAAUGCUGUAUAACACAAUCAAAUCUUGCUUUCAGGGAUUCUGGAUAGGACUGUACGAUGACGUGAACAGCUGGAGGUGGUCGCUGUCAGACAGACAUUUCUACAAACUAGGGGAGGCUGAGUUCAGAAAAUGGUACCCUGGGGAACCAGACAACUAUCGCAGUGCAGAACACUGCACACAGAUGUAUGAUGGUGGACAAUGGAACGAUCAGGAUUGUACCAAAUCCUUUCGCGCAGUCUGCUCUGAUGUCAGAGGGUCAAAUGUGACAUUUGUCCUCAUCAACACUAUCAUGACAUGGACUGAGGCCCAGAGCCACUGCAGAGAGCACUACACAGACCUGGCCAGUGUGAGAAAUGAAGAAGAGAACCAGAAGGUGAAGGAUCUGAUACCUGCAGGACAACAAGUCUGGAUCGGCCUCUUCAGAGACUCCUGGAAGUGGUCUGAUGGAAGCAACUCCUCCUUUAGGUACUGGUCUCCAUCGGAACCUAAUAACAAUUGGAAGAAAGAGUAUUGUGUGGCAGCAGACUUUGGCCAUUCUGGACAAUGGGGGGACUGGAACUGUGAUGUGAAGAAAGCAUUUGUUUGCUACAAAGCGCCUGUUUCAAAGUACGUGGUGCGAGUGAGUCUGAAGAAGAACUCCGCUCUGGAUCUGAAUGACCCUGCUGUGAUGGAGAACAUCUUGAAGCAGCUCAAACAGAGGCUAAAGCAGAAGGGGGUGAAUGGAGACGUCAAACUGAGCUGGAGGAAGCAGUCCGAUGGAAAAGUCUUCCACAAGGUCGAGAAGAAGACAAAGAAAGAUGAGUUUUAAUGUUGUGUAGAAGUUGGUCCGUCUAUUUCCAUGAAAGAUUUUUUCCUUUAUCCUUUAAAAGUGUAAAAUAUAUUUUCUUGUGGUCUUUAAAUUAUACAAAUAAUGAUCAUACUGUAUGUAUUUUUAUGCUGUGACCUUAUCAGGAAUUAUUUUAUUUGAUUAUGCACACAAAACCUGCAAUUUUUAUAAAAUACUUAAAGGAUCAUUCUGGUGAUUUUCCUUCAUGUUUGGAUCCAAACCAGCAA